CCAGUUUUCCUCAGUAGACAGCGAACAACACGAGACCGGACAUGUUAAAGUAGUCUACAAUGCUGGAUCCUGUUUGGCUUUCUAUUAAGUUUAAGGAAGAACAUUGAAUUAUGAAGAAGUGCACGUUUGCAUCAGAACCCGUUUAUUGGAAAUUAAUAGUCUAAAUCAGGAAUAAAAUAAUAAAAUCCGGAGUGAUAGUAGUACAGUAGUUAGAACCGGUCAGCUUCUUCAGCCUGUGCGGGAAUGGCAGCUCCUCGACCGAUAAAAGGCAUCCUGAAAAACAAGAACAGCAGCAGAAACGUGAAAGUGCCGCCCGAAGAAAACACAGAGCACAUCCCGGCUGGUCUCUCGGAAGACGAACACCAAAAGAAAUCUGCAAAAUGGGAUGAGAUGAACAUCCUGGCAACGUACCAUCCAGCUGACAAAGAUUACGGCCUGAUGAAGAUAGAUGAACCCGACACUCCUUAUAACCGGAUGGUUGGGGAUGACGAUGACGAGGGGGCGCACAGUGACUCAGACGGUCAAAGCGGGCUUGCAGCUGAUGACCUGGCCUCAAAGUUAGUGGCAGCAGAAGGAGUAGAACCUCGCUUUAUGAAAGAAGAAGAAGAAGUGGAAGAAGAGAGUAGUGAAGAGGAGCAAGAGGAGCUGACACCAGAAGAACAAGCCAAAAAGAAGCAAUUUCAGAUGAUGAGGAAGAUGCACUAUAAUGAGGGCCUGAACAUAAAGCUGGCUCGUCAGCUGAUUGCUAGUGAGCUAGAGGAGGAUGACGAUGAAGACGAAGAGAUGAGGGACGACUCAGAGGAACUAACAGAGGAGACAGAGGAGACAGAGGAGACGGAGAUCAGUGUUGACCCACCACAGGAAGAAUCCUAGACGAGGGCUGUCUCCCACCUUCAGUCCUGUGUCAACCCAGAACACUGAGACAUGCAGCAGACACCACCUCACCUCCCACACGACAUCGUCUCUCAACAGCCAGUAACUUUCCGAUAACCAGUCUGUCUCCACUCUGUGCAAUACACCCUUCAAAGAAGUUGGACGUCCACAUGCACGUAAAGACUGGUGCUUGCCCUGUCUCUCUCUCCCGUUGCCAAGAAUUCCCUCCUUCUGCCUCCUCACGUCUCGUCGGGACCGGCUUUGCACUGAAGAAUAUGUUAUUCUGAUCCUGAAAGGAGGAUUACGACCUUUAGACAAAAACAAACAAGCAAACAAAUAAAACUUGAGUGACAAGAAAACCUGUCUGACUGAACCAGCACGUCAGUCCUGGAAGAAGCCCCGGAUUAAUGACUGCUGAGACAUGACGGUUUUUACUGGCUGAACCUCAGACAGCUUUUUUUUUUCUCCUCGGUGACUG